AUUAGAAGAAACUUAGAAACCCAACACAGGGUUUUGGCUGUUUCAUCAGAUCUAAUGGGGCUCCAUCUUCAUUCACUGCCAAUCCACACUUCCAAAUCCAUUCCUGUCACUAUAAAUUCUCCAAUUCCUACGCCCUUUCGCACAUUCAUUCCUCCGUUGAACCCUAUUCCGUCUAGAACUAAGCGAUCAAACACUCCGCCGCUCUUCUCUGCUCCAUCCCAUUGUCCAAUCUUUGCUUACAAAGGUAGUGGGGUUGAAUUCGAUAAGUUAGAAUCGGCCAUGACGAUCACGCCGGCGGUGAGAAUCAGUGACGGAAAGUUGGUGGUGGAGGACCGUGUAAUACUUACAAAUGUGCCGGAAAAUGUGGUUGUCACUUCCGGGUCGGACUCCGGUCCGGUGGAGGGUAUGUUUGUUGGAGCAGUGUUUGAUGAGAAAAGCAGCCGCCAUGUGGUCUCGUUGGGGACUCUCCGGGAGGUUCGGUUCAUGGCCUGUUUCCGGUUUAAGCUAUGGUGGAUGUCCCAAAUGAUGGGAGAUAAGGGGCGUGACAUUCCGCAUGAAACCCAGUUUUUAAUCUUGGAAACCAAAAAUGGGUCUCAGCUGGGCGGCGCCGCCGGCGGCGGCGGCGAUGAGAACAAAGUAAUCUACACCGUUUUCCUUCCGUUAAUCGAACACCCAUUCCGAGCGUGUCUUCAGGGGAAUUCUCGGGACGAGCUGGAGCUCUGCCUCGAGAGCGGCGAUUCGGCUACUCUCGGGUCGGAUUUUACCCACUCCGUCUACAUCCACGCCGGAACUGACCCGUUCGCCACCAUCACGGCGGCGGUGAACACGGUCAAGACACAUCUCAAGACUUUCCGGCAACGGCACGAGAAGAAGCUACCGGGAUUCGUUGAUUGGUUCGGCUGGUGCACUUGGGAUGCCUUUUACCAGGAGGUUACACAAGAAGGCGUGGAAGCCGGCCUCAACACCCUCGCCGCCGGCGGGAUUCCUCCGAAGUUCAUCAUCAUCGACGACGGGUGGCAAUCAGUCGGCAGCGACCCAAAGGAGGAAUCCGGCGAGGAGAAGCCUCUAAUGAGGCUCACCGCCAUUAAAGAAAACUCAAAAUUCCAAACCAUCGAAGACCCAACUUUAGGAAUCAAAAACAUAGUAAACUUCGCCAAACAAAAACAUGGCGUCAAAUACGUAUACGUAUGGCACGCCAUUACAGGGUACUGGGGAGGGGUCCGACCCGGGGAGAAGGGAAUGGAACAAUACGGAUCAAUCUUGAAGUACCCAGAUAUUUCCAAAGGGGUUAUGGAGAACGAACCUUCAUGGAAAACGGAUCCACUUGCGGUUCAUGGUUUGGGUCUGAUGAACCCGAGAAGUGUGUACAAGUUCUAUGAUGACUUCCAUAGCUACUUAGCUUCAGCUGGGGUGGAUGGCCUAAAGGUGGAUGUGCAGUCCAUAUUGGAGACUCUUGGCGCUGGGCAUGGCGGGCGGGUGGAGAUCACCCAGCAAUACCACCAAGCUCUUGACGCCUCUGUUGCUAAAAACUUCCCUGAUAAUGGCUGCAUUGCUUGUAUGAGCCACAACACAGAUGCACUUUACUGCUCAAAGCAAACGGCUGUGAUCAGAGCGUGCGACGAUUUCUACCCACGCGAUCCAAUAUCGCACACAAUCCACAUUUCUGCAGUUGCAUACAACAGUGUCUUCCUUGGAGAGUUUAUGCAGCCUGAUUGGGACAUGUUUCACUCCCUGCAUCUAGCUGCAGAGUAUCAUGGCUCAGUAAGGGCUCUUAGCGGUGGACCGGUCUAUGUUAGUGAUGCACCCGGGAAACACGAUUUUGAGCUCCUAAGGAAGCUUGUUCUCCCCGAUGGUUCAAUUCUUAGAGCUCGUUUGCCUGGCCGCCCUACAAAGGAUUGCCUUUUCUCUGACCCUUCUCGAGAUGGUGUUAGCCUCUUGAAGAUUUGGAACGUGAACAAAUACACCGGGGUGCUUGGAGUAUACAACUGCCAAGGCGCAGCGUGGAACGCAGUUGAGAGGAAGAACACGUUCCACCGAACUGGAACCGAGGCAUUAACGGGAUAUGUUAGGGGCGGUGAUGUUCAUAGCCUCUCUGAAGUUGCGUUGGACUCGAACUGGAGCGGAGACUCUGCUGUAUACUCUCACAACCAACGCAAACUCACCGCCCUUCCGUACAAUGCUGCAAUGCCCAUUUCCUUGAAAAUCCUCGAGCACGACAUUUUCACCAUCACACCUAUCAAGGUCUUGGCACCGGGCUUCAGCUUUGCACCGUUGGGGCUCGUUGACAUGUUCAAUGCAGGUGGAGCAAUUGAGGGACUCAAGUAUGAAACGAAGGCCGGUUUCCAAGGCGAAGAUAAAAUCAAGAACUCGAGCACAGAACCUGUGGGUGUAGUUUCUAUUGAGGUUAGGGGUUGUGGCAGAUUUGGUGCUUACUCAUCUGCGAAACCAAGAAAGUGCAGAUUGGGAGGAAAUGUGGUCGAUUUUACGUACGAUUUGGAUUCGGGUUUGGUGACCUUAAACUUGGAUGACAUGCCUGCAAAAGAACAGAGAGUUCACAUGAUUGAGGUUGAAUUAUAAGAUGCUAAAUUCUUCUUCAGAUUAUUUGGGGAUGAGAAUUGAAGAUUCAAGUGACUUUCCUCUCUCCCAGGAUUGUUUUCCACUAUGGAUGAAAACGAUGAAUGAGAAUAUGAGAUUGUAUUAGAACAUUUAUCUAAUCUCAAGCUGAAAAAUUACUUCAAUGAAAUCAAUCCUGCUUAAAAUCUUCUGCUUCCUCA